UCGGGCUCGGCAUCGGUCUACGGGCUGAUUACAUGAGCAACGUUUGAUAAGUGUCCGAGAAGGGAGGCAUUGGAGUAGUGUGCCUGGCAAGGAUACAGUCACGCGACACGCGCCAGAUCGAUGAAUCCUUCGCGCUGAAGACAAUAAGUACAGCGACAAAGGCAGGAGAAAACAUCGUACAGAGAACUUGCUCGGAACACAGUUAUUCGGUUACACGAUUUUUGGAUUGCAAUAAGUUAGAGAGAAACAAGCAGCUCAAGAUGUCUGGAAAGUGGAAUCCUCUCACUGAUAUGCCCAAUCUCGAGGGUAAAGUGGUUGUUGUCACCGGCGGGAAUGCAGGCAUUGGCUUGUCAACCGUCAAGUACCUCGCCCUUCGAGGUGCCAAGGUUUACUUCACAGCAAGAUCAAAGGCCAAAGCCGACGAGACUCGCACAGUGCUGACGACCGAAAACCCUGCAAUAAACGCCGCCAACCUUCAUUGGCUUCCCAUGGACUUGGCAGACCUCAAGUCGGUCGCCUCUGCUGUUGAAGAGCUGAAAAGCAAGGAGGCCAGGGUGGAUGUUCUUAUAAACAAUGCCGGUCUAGCCUCCGGCACGACGGAGACGAUGGGUCCUGGGUGGGAAUGGCACAUGGGUGUUAACCAUGUAGGGCACUUUGUCUUCACCAACGGCGUACUGCCGCUUCUCAAGAAAGCCACAAAACAACCCGGGGCCGACGUCCGUAUCAUCACCCUCAGCUCCAACGUCAACUAUGCCAUGCUGCCAUCCGACUACGGCUUCACCUUUGAUUCCGCUUCAUUCUUGACAAAGCCUGUACCUUAUUAUCCGUGGCAAUGGCGCUAUAUCGUUAGCCGUAUUUUCGUGGUCGACAUGAUCCGUUACGCAGUCUCCAAGGUCGCCAAUCUCCUUUUCGCUCAAGAGCUGCAGCGACUUCUGGAUGAGCAAGGUCUCCCGAUUCUGUCCAUCUCGGUGCAUCCGGGUGGCGUGGCCAGUCCUGGUAGCAAGGACAUUGGAAACUCCCUCUUCUCGCUUGUCAGAUCGGCGGCCUUCCUCACGGUCGACCAGGGCGCCGUCACGUCCGUCUUCGCGGCCACUGCUGCCGAGGUUCGCGAGAACGCAGACAAGUACAAGGGUAAGUACUUGGAACCGUUUGGAAAGAUCGUGACACCGAAUCCAGUCGCCAAGGACGAGAAGCAGGUGAAGGGUAUGUGGGAGCACACGACAGUCGAGGCGAACAAGUAUUUGUCGACGCUCGGCCUUGCACCUCUUCAAGAAUGGUAGUUGCGACGAAACUAUUAAAUGAUGGUAGAUGAGAUUUGCUAGGCUUCCAUGCGGAUGUUUCGUCUACCCCAUUUCCAGACACACACGAAUUCACGAUCAAUCGACAGAAGACAGCAUAAAUUUUUGUUCGAAACCUAAGGAGGAACGUCGUUCAUGCAGGGCCUGUUUCCGGGUGCAUAAGAUAGCAUUAUCCAAAGAAUGUGCGAGGCCGGCUCAUGUUGAGAUCACCUCAAAGGCACCAACACGCGCACCGACUCUUGAGAGAUGAGGUUCAGGAUCGUUUGAGAGCAUCACGAGAAUUAAGAAAGUAAUAAUGACGUUUCGCAGCUUCCAGUAGUAAUGACUUGACGUUUCACAAAGGAUGAUCUCCCGCGAUAACCGCAAUCUCACAGCAGAAUGCAUGAUUAGUGCCUGGGCCAUCAUAAUAUGCCACGAUGAUCCCAAUGUUAAAAGCUUUCCAGACCAGUGUCCU